AUGACACAAGACACGACGAUGCGCUUCUCCUCCUCUUCGCUCCUCCUCUUCUUCGCGUUCGGCCUCUCCGUCGAGGCCAUGUUCAGGCCGAUAGGUUCGUGAAUCGUUACCUACAGUAGCCUGAGUGUCGAAAUACCGUAAUCCGCUCAAUUUGCAGGCCACAAGCCCCGACCACCACCAUCUUCGUACCAUGGCGGAGGCGAUGAGGACUGCGACGAGUCGUCGAGCGCGAAACCCUCGACGACGACGGCUGCUCCGGUCAACGACAAUCCAGCGACGACGACGACGACGGAAGCGCCGACGACGACGACCGCCGCUCCCAAGUGCCCCGACGGCUUCACCGCCUUCACCCGCACCCCAUCGGCGGCCAACUCGCAGACGAGCAUCUGGUGCAUGAAGGCCGUCCUUCAGAAGGAUCCGAUCGCCGUCAGCUCUGCGAAUGCGCUCUGUGCCGCGCAGGCCACCGGCGCCGUCCUCACCUCCUUCGAGAACGACGACGAGCGGAGCGUGUUCGCCGCGGAGCUGCUCGCCGCCGUUCAGAGCUACGGCUACUCGACGGGCGCGAUAGCCGUCGACGGACGGCGCAAUGCGGACUGCGUCACUCGCAACCGCACCGUCUUGGAUGCCUAUCCGUGCAGCAAUCAGUCGCUCAGCUUCUCUCUCGUUGACGCUCACACUGAUCCCGCCUAUGCUUGGGCGCAUUGGGCCGUCGACGAGCCGAGCACCAACAUGUGGACUUAGUAAGUGCCGCGGACUCCUAAAGAUAUUGUAGUUCUAGUAGUUGAGGUGUUUCCUUUCAGUGACAUCGAAGAGUGCAUCCAAUUCGCCGUCUACCCGGGCAACUCGAACCGUAACGCUCUGCUCAACGACAUCUACUGCAACUUCGUCCAGGCGCCCAACGACCCGGACAAUUCGCUUUGGUGGAACUUUGGCGCUCUUUGCGGAGUCGCUCCACAAUAG